CAAUGGCCCGCCCCUCCCUGGGUUCCCUGAUGGACCCGCCCCCGGGGUCAGCACCGCCCCCUGAAGGCCCCGCCCCUUCCCCUGCGUGGCCGCGCUUGUCUAUAAAGUUGUUGUUGCGGCGGCGGGGCGCUAAGAUGGCAGCGGCGGCGGCAGCCGUGGCGGGGGCGGGGCGCGGCAGCAGCGGCGCGGACCCCGGGCAGGAGCGGAGCCGGGCUCGGAGUUGGGCCGGCGCCGAACGCAACGAAGGCCGGAGGAUGGAGCCAGGUGAGGAGCUGGAGGAGGAGGAUUCCCCAGGCGGCCGUGAGGAUGGCUUCACUGCUGAGCACCUGGCCGCGGAAGCCAUGGCAGCCGACAUGGACCCCUGGCUGGUGUUUGAUGCCCGCACCACGCCUGCCACCGAGCUGGAUGCCUGGUUGGCCAAGUACCCGCCAUCCCAAGUUACCCGCUAUGGGGACCCUGGUUCACCCAACUCUGAGCCUGUGGGCUGGAUUGCAGCAUAUGGGAAGGGCUACACCCCCAACUCGGGUGACGUGCAGGGCCUGCAGGCAGCCUGGGAAGCUCUGCAGACUAGUGGGCGACCCAUCACACCGGCUACCCUCCGCCAGCUGGCCAUCACCCACCACGUGCUCUCAGGCAAGUGGCUGAUGCACCUGGCACCUGGCUUCAAGCUGGACCAUGCCUGGGCUGGCAUUGCACGGGCUGUAGUAGAGGGCCAGCUUCAGGUGGCCAAGGUGAGCCCACGGGCCAAGGAGGGUGGGCGCCAGGUCAUCUGUGUUUACACGGACGACUUCACGGACCGCUUGGGUGUACUGGCAGCAGAUUCAGCCAUCCGUGCAGCAGGCAUUAAGUGCCUACUCACCUACAAGCCUGACGUCUACACCUACUUGGGCAUCUACCGGUCCAACCGCUGGCACCUCUGCCCCACUCUCUAUGAAAGCCGUUUCCAACUUGGGGGUAGUGCCCGAGGCUCCCGGGUCCUGGACCGUGCCAACAAUGUGGAACUGACCUAGUGGAGCCAAAUGAGGAGCCAACUAACCUCCGCCCUCUGCUCCCCCCACACCCACUGAGGAUGUAUCCUUCUGUCUUCCUUCUCCUUGUCCCAAGAAGGCUAAGCCCCUCAGGGGAACUGCCUGCAUCUUCAAUGCCCUUGAACUUCUGCCCUCCGUUCAGGGCUGACUCAACCCCCUAAAAGCUGGAGGCUUUGGCUCCCUGAGGGCUGAGCCCUCCACCUUCCUCUUUGAUGCUGCUCCCAUCUAUUGCCCAAGACCACAGGUUGGGUGUCUGAGAAGAACCUUCCUUGGCCACUGUCAUCCCUGCUAUUCUUUCCCUUUCUCCUGCAUUCUCCUUUUCUUUCCUCCCUCCCUCACAGGGGAGAAAACUUAGUGCUUCCAAUUGCUCUCCUUGGAGCCUUCAUAGUCCAGGAGACAGGGGCCUUGCAGGCCUGAGCAUGCCAUUGUGGGGAGUAGGAUAGUUGCGUCCACUCAUCCCCUGUGAGGGGAUGCUGGACAUGGGGCCUGCCUCUCCCUGCCAACUCACACAGCCUGUACCACCUUCCUCUUUUCCUUGGCUACUUUGACUUGUGCCUGCUCUUGGCAUUUCAAUAAAACCCAGCUUGGGUCUGUGUCUUGAGUGUUUUUUAAA